AUGAACUGGCUCUGGAACAUCAGGCGUUGGGAGCCACUCCAGGGCCCCCUGAAGUGGGUCCCCACCCUGGGCGAGCUGCAGAAGACCCUCCAGAAGGGCGAGUACUUGCCCCUCCGCCCGCUGCCCAUGUUCGAGAGUAACUUUGUCCAGGUGACCAGUCGAGGGGCCCCAGUGUAUGUGCACCACAGAACCAACCGAGUGACCAUGGGCGUGGCUGCCUCCCUGCCAGGCCUGGUGUUGCCAGACAUCCUGCUGAUGGCCCAGCCCGCCGCGGGCAGGGAGCGCUCCAGCCUCGUCCUCACCAGGAUGAUCCCGCUGGACCUGGCCCACCUCUACGUCCACGACCUGUCUGCCUGGCACCUGAAGCUGCGUCUGGUCAUGGGCCGCCGCUAUUACCUGGAGCUGGACGCCCCUGACAAUGAGGUCAGCUUCCUGUUUGACUGCUGGAUCCGCCUCAUCAACCUGCUCCGGCAGCCCGCCACCUCCUGGGCCCCCAGGACCCUUCACACGCCCCCCAUGGACCCGGGCCACGGUUGCUCUGAUUCUGAGGGGGCCACAUGCCUGGCAGGUUUACUUGAGACCCCUUCACUCUGUAUCUCAGAGGACAGCCCUGAAAUGCCCUUGCUGGGCUCCUGUGAUCACUUGCAUAUGUACCCGUGGCAACAGGACAUGGACGACCUGAUGGACCCGGAGGCCAGCACCUUGUCCACGUCCUCCCUCUGCCCAGCCGCCUACCCUCCUGACUUCCGCAGGUGCAACGAACAGGCCAGGCCUCUGGACUCCGUGCAGAGACUGUGGCCGCCGCCCUCCCAGAAGCCCCCAGCCAUCCCUGCUGCCUCUUGUAAGGCUCCAUUCAUCCUUGACCAAUCCCAGAAGUUCUUGGCUGUACCUGCUCCAUCCCGGAAAGCACCAGCUUUUCCUGCUGCUCCCCAGGAGGCCCCAGCCACACCUGCCCCAUCUCAGAAGGCCACACAUGUAUUGGCUACGCCCCACAAGGCCCCAGCCAUGCCUGCCCCAUCUCAGAAGGCCGCGUAUACACUUGCUGUUCCCCUGAAGGCUGUGUCCCCCCCUGCUCCAAACAGGAAAUCUGUGUUCCUACCUACCCUGUCCCAUAAGGCUCUGACCUUACCUACCCAAUACCAAAUGACAUUGGACCCUGCCACCACUGGCGUGUUGCCUGCGGGAAGUCACGGAGGAGAUGUGCUUGAGAAAAGCAAGCCUGAAGGGAAGCCAGAGCUGGUGUUGAUGGGCACCCAGGAAACAAACAUAGUAGAGGUGAGGACUCAGAAAACAUCCCUGGAGCUGCCUUUCACCACCACCGAGAAGGAGUCGGAGGAAGUCCUGGUCAGCAGAGCCCAGGAUGUCACCGCGGAUGGCUUGAAGGGCAAGGGCAAGUUGGAGGACAAAGUCCGCAGGAUGAAGGAGGAGAUCUCUCUGGACAUGCUGGGCUUCAAAUCCAAGGAGGUGGGGCAGCAGCAGAAGUGGAUCAAGACCCAGGAGUUGGCCAUCGAGGAAGCCUCACAGGGGCAGACCGGGCCCUUCUCAGUGGAAGGGCUCACCCGUGCCAAGCUGAUGAUCACUGCCAGUUCCAAGGAUCCCUCCUUGAGAUCAGCUCUGUUCAAUCUGCCCUGCUGGCUCUCAACCCAGCAGGGGUCUGCCAUGCCAACUACGGACACGGUACCCCUCAGCACCACCAAGGUGUCCUGGCUGGAGGAGAUGCCGGUGGUGGUCAGGGAGCAGCCACAGUUGGGGGCCUGGGCGACGGGGAACAUGCAUCCAUGGGCGGAGGUGGAGGAGGUGCCCCGGGACCCAAAGGGGCCUUCCAAAGCGUCCCCCUUCCCCAAGCGUGCCACCAGCAGCCCCAAGGUGAAUGCUGCCUCCCUGACUCCCAUCUCUCUGCCCUCAGCAAGGUGGGAGGACGUAACGGAGUCUCCUACCUCUCUGACCCCUGUCUCAAAGAUGGAGGCCAGGGUCUCCCAACAGCCCAGGAGAGUAUCUCAAGAGCCCAAGAGGGUGCUGGACCAGUGCCCCAUGGCCACAGUGGGGUCGUCUUUGGAGAUUCUCUUGCCCACUCUCUUGGAAAUUGAGAGUAUGAAGGACAUGGCCUCCAAGGUGGAGAAGAUAGAGGAAGUGGGCAUCUUUGCUCCUUCGCCCAGCAUGCACGGUUCCCAGCGGCCUCAAUAGCGGGAUGCGGGGGACUCAACCUCAGUCGCCGAAGUGUCCAGAGGAGCCCAGAGGGGCCAGGCCCCUAGGUGUUGUGCACCUCUACUGUAAGAAUCAGGGUCCUGAAAAGGCCGGGCGGGGAUGCUCCUUCUCCGGUAGAGACCAGAGC